GAGGGCAGACCUUUACAGAAACCUACAGUGAGCCGAACAGACCAGCAUCAAACACUCAAACUUCAGCGUUUGGAUGGCGACCUUUGAUGACCUCCUGGAGGAGGCCGGCUCUUUCGGCCGCUGCCAGAAGCGGAUCUUCGCCAUGCUCUGCUUCUUGUCGUUGCCUUUCUCCGGCGUCUAUGUUGGGAUCGUCUUCCAGGGCUUCACGCCGGAUCACUGGUGCCGGGACUCUGCGCUGGUGGAGAAGAGGGAGGCCUGCGGAUGGAGCCUGGAGAAGAGUCGCAGCCUGACGGCGCCGCUGCUCAACGUCUCAGGAGUCCUGCAGCACAGCAGCUGCGAUCAGCAUGAGGUGGACUGGAACAACACAGAACUCAGCUGUGACCCAGAAGGACUGGACUUUAGUAGAGUGGCUGUUACACCAUGCAAGGAAGGCUGGGAAUAUCAUUAUGAAGGCAGGAAGUCAUUUGUCACCGAGUUCAACCUGGUGUGUUCAGAUGGAUGGCUGGUGGAUAUGUACCAGUCAACUCUCAACAUGGGCUUCCUCGUUGGCAGCUUUGCUUUUGGUUACUUUGCUGACAGAUUUGGAAGAAUGAAGAGUUUCCUCAUGUCCAACGUGAUAAACGUCGUAGCAGGAAUCGGUUUGGCUGUAGUACCAAACUACAUCGUCAUCCUGGUUCUCAGGGCCAUCUUCGGCUUCAGCGUCAAAGGAGGCUGGAUGGCCAUAUAUGUGCUGCUAACAGAAUUAGUUGGGGUAAAGUACAGACGCACAGUCGGCAUUUUGUAUCAGAUGUUCUUCAGUAUUGGGCUCCUCAUCCUCCCUCUGCUCGCCUACUUCAUCACUGACUGGCGCUGGCUGCAAGUUGCCUUCACGGCACCGUAUGCCCUUUAUUUUGCUUACUACAGGUUUAUCCCAGAGUCUCCGCGGUGGCUCAUCUCUCAAAACAAUUCCUCAAAAGCUCUGGAAAUAACCGAGGCUAUUGCCAAGGAGAACAGGAAGAACCUCUCCUCUCAUUUUGAGAUAUUAACUGGUGAUGACGUUGCGUCCACCUCUGCCUCUUUGUUGGACUUGAUCAGAACUCCCAAUAUGAGAAAACACACUUUCAUCCUCAUGUUUAACUGGUUCACCAGUGCUGUGGUUUAUCAGGGCCUCAUCAUGCGGGUGGGGAUAACGGGAGGAAACGUCUACAUCGACUUCCUUAUCUCCAGUCUGGUCGAGUUUCCCGCCGCGUUCCUCAUCCUGUUGACGAUUGAGCGGAUCGGCCGUCGGCUUCCCUUUGCGUCCGCCAACAUCGUAGCUGGAAUCUCCUGCAUCGUCACUGCUUUCAUUCCUGACAGCAUGUUCUGGUUAAAGACCAUAGUCUCCUGCAUCGGUCGGCUGGGGAUCACCAUGGCCUUUGAGAUGGUGGUGUUUGUUAACACUGAGCUUUACCCGACUUGUGUCAGGAACCUGGGAGUGUCGGUUUGCUCCACUCUUUGUGAUAUUGGAGGAAUUGUUUCUCCCUUCUUGCUCUACAGACUGGCCAGCAUCUGGCUUGAACUGCCUCUCAUUAUCUUUGGAGUUGUAGCUCUGGUAGCUGGAGGUUUGGUUCUGCUCCUGCCUGAAACCAGAGGAGUUGCUCUGCCUGAUACCAUCCAGGACGUUGAGUUUCCUGAUCGGAAAAAGGGGAAACAAGAAGAAAAUCAGGAAGUGAAGCAAGUCUUGAAAACUAAUGAAGUGGCUUAGUUUUAUUCUAACAAAUCAGUUCCAACUUAAGAAAUCAGUUUUUUAUGUUUUUUUAAUACAAAGCUUUACUUCUAAAAUUAAUCAUUUGUUUUUUCACAAUACAACAUGAUGGUCAGCUUUUUAGUUGGCUUGCAUUGUUUUCUUGUUCCAGUCUAUGAAACAGGUUUAAGUCGACCUGUAAAUCUGCUGGAAUCAAACUAGAAUGAACUGGAUUUUAAAACAUAAUAUUCAAAACUGAAUUUUUAACAAAAAUCACAUUUUCUUCCUCUUUUUGUCUAGUUUUUUAUUGUGGCACUUAAAGAAACAUCACACUAGAAAACACAUCAUGAAAUCUAUUAAUCAUUCAAUAAUUGUCAUUAAAAAUCAUAAAGUAUAUAUAUUAUGGCAAAAUGUCAUCGGAUUUCAUGUGUGAAAAACAUUUAACGCUAUAAUGUUUCAAAUGCAUAACAUCAUUCCAGUUGUACUAAUAUUAUUGUACUAUACUAUGUGUGAAAAAUACAUCCAACAGUAUUGUUUCAUGUUUAACCUUUUCAGUAUACUGCAAAACAUAUUGUACUGUACUAUGUAUCAUGACUAAAUAAAUCAUACUCUACUGUCUUGAUAAAAAAAA